AUGCAACCUGCCGAGUCGCGCGAGGAGGCAAAACUAGAGGUGCAGCUGCACCAGCACCAGCACCACCCCGAGCUGCUGAUGGCAGCUCGGGCCGGCGACUGGGCGAAACUGCGUGCCAUUCUGCGCAAUGACGACGCAGCUACCAGGCCGGUGGUGUUCGCGCCUGAAGUCGUCGUCGACAUUGAGCGGGUGGACAUCGCCGUUGACAGGGUGGAGACCCUUGAGCUGGACUCGAUCCUCCAUGUGGUGGCGGCCAGUAGCGCCGUUGGUCACGGUCGCUUGACGUGCGCAACCAUGAUCCACGCCAAGGCCAAGCACCUCCUGGACGCCGGCAACCGCAAUGGCGACACACCAUUCCACUACGCUGCCAGAGCUGGUGGGAUCGAGAUGCUCUCUCAUCUCAUCAGUCUGGCGAGAGCUGAGCCCGGUGGUGGUGGUGACGCGAGGGUGAACGAGGUGCUGAGAAAGACGAACAAGCAAGGCGAGACGGCCCUUCACGACGCCCUCCGAUUGGGUGACAAGAAAAGCAUGAAGAAAAUGGUUAACAAGUUAAUGGAGGAGGACGCAGAAUUGGCCUGCAUCCCGCGUGAAAACGCCACCUCGCCCUUGUACCUAGCCGUCUCACUGGGCCUUGAUGAGAUUGCGGACUUGCUGCAUUCAAAGAACUCGGACCUGUCCUACUCUGGACCUGAUGGACAAAACGUCUUGCACAUUGGGGUGCUUAGGGGAAAAGCGAUGACAAAGAAGUUACUGGACUGGAACAAUGUCCUCACCAAACAAGUGGACCAAUGCACUGGAAGUACGCCUCUUCACAUUGCCAUAUCAUGGGGGAGUCGGUGCAAGGCCGUGAUCAAACUAUUACUAGAGCGCGAUGAAUCAUCAGCAUUUCAAGGCGACAACCUUGGGUUGUUCCCUAUACAUGUGGCAGCGAUGCGAAAUUCAUGGUCCACAAUUCGCAUCUUGCUGAAAAAGGCACCUACAUGUGCAGAACUACGUGACACUCAAGGCCAAACCUUCCUACAUGUUGCGAUCAAGAACCAGCGCCCAAGUAUGUUCGGAGGUUGGCACAGUCACAAGUUGUUUCCCUCAAUCCUUAAUGUGCAAGACAAUGAUGGGAACACUCCACUACAUCUUGCUGCCACGGUUGGGAACCAGUGGAGUUUCUAUCUUCUAAUUCACAACCCGAAAGUUCAACUGGAUUUAGUAAAUAACCUAGGGCAGACACCAAUGGAUAUUGCAUGGAAGAUGGUACCCCAAGGGCUUAAUUACGUGCUGCACCCACGAAAUAGGAUAUAUGUACUACUUAAAGGUGCUGGAGCUAAAACUGGUACUUACGGCCGGUGCGAUUUGUUCCUCAAUAGACAUGUCCAGCAAAUAAAUGAAAAAGAAGAAGAAAAGAAGAUCACAGAUUCCUCGCAGAUUAUUGGCAUUGGGUCAGUGCUUAUUGUGACAGUAGCUUUUGCUGCAGCAUUCACCUUACCUGGUGGUUUCCGAACAGAAGACCUGAAGGGUAAGCCUAAUACAGCUGGUAUAGCUGUGCUUGCUGAACAACCAGUCUUCAAAGCGUUCAUCGUCUUCAACACACUGGCAUUAGUUUGCUCCGGUCUUGCAACCAUGAACGUCAUGUUCGCUGGGGUGCCUGCAGUGGACAUACGCACGCGAAUGAGCGCCUUUGUCAUUUCCAUCGUCUUUGUCUACAUCUCGGCCAAGUCCCUGGCUGCUGCAUUUAUGCUUGGACUCUACGUGGUGAUGGCACCGGCUGCUCCAGUAACAACUUAUAUUUCGUGUGCUAUCGUAGCCCUUUUCCUAUUUCUCGAUGUUGCUUGGUUCAUCUUCAUGGUGGCUGUCGGCGAGGUAAUGCUUCUCCAAAGGUUAGGUUUCAAGGCAUGGCUUCGCUAUUUAAACUUCUCUCGAGUACCAAUAAGACAGCCUGUAAAUUUGUGAUAAGGAUGUCUUCCAUCUCUAUCAAGGAUAAGCCCAUCAGCCAGCAGUAUUAAAGACGAACCAUUACUAAGAGACAGUGUGAUAAUGUCCUUGUAAUGUGUCAUUGAAAAUAAAGGAAGUUCCUUACCAGCACUACACGGCUGGAAGGGCUUCC